CCGGACUUUGAUGAAACCGGAACCAGCAGGUUCUGCAGGACCGACCUGAAGCUUCUUCACUUUUUCACUUCUUCACUCUGACUCUCCUCCUGCGGACCCCCGGACCCCCCGGAAGCCCCCCGGCCAUGGGCUCGGUUCUGCCCGCCGGGCCCUCCCUGGCCCUGAAGCCGGCCUUCAAGCCCCAGGCUCCGGCCCAGCAGCAGCUGUGUCUCGCGGACAUCAUCACGUCGGACAUCCUGCACAGCUUCCUGUACGGCCGCUGGAGGCACGUGCUGGGAGAGCAGCACCUGCCGCCUCACGAGGAGCGCGGCGCGCCGAGCGCGAGCCCCAAGACCGCCUUCACCGCCGAGGUGCUCGCGCAGUCCUUCUCCGGAG